UUAAACUUGCUGAGUUACAGAAGUCAAGAAAACGGCGAUUUCCAAUCGAUGAAUCGUCAAGAUUUAAUCAAGAACAGCAAUUCAAACAGCAAUUCAACAAUUCAAAGAGGGGUCCAGUACAUUCAAUACAUGAAGUUAAAUGAAAAUAGUUAUAAUUUUUCAGGUUUUUUUUGUUUUGUUAUUUUUGUUUUGUCUUUGGUGAUUUUUUAUUUAUGUACUUAUCCUGUUUUAUCGAUUCGGUGUUUUUAUGAAUAAAAUUGUUUUAUUUUUCAAGCUUAAUUUUGCUCAAUACAAUUUUUAGAACAGUGCUUCUCUUUUUAGGGUUUUUUUGCGUUUGUUAUCAAUUUUUAAAAUUUUGCCUUUUUUGACAUUUCGUGGGUUUAUAGCCUUAUUUGACAUUUUGUGGGUUUAAUGCUUUUUUUGACAUUUUGUGGGUUUAUAGCCUUAUUUGACAUUUUGUGGGUUUAAUGCUUUUUUUGACAUUUUGUGGGUUUAUAGUAUUAUUUGACAUUUUCUGGAUUUGACAUUAUAUGGGAUUUGACAUUUUGUGGGUUUUUGGCCCUUUCGCCAUUUUAUGGAUUCCCAUUAUAUGGAUUCGACAUUUUAUGGGGGAGCCCCAUUUGUAACCACUGUGCGCCCCGGUUAAGUAAAGCUUCAAUUUUUUUAGUUUUUGUGUUUUGAGUUUUUAAAUUUUUUCUCUUGGGGGUUUUUCUUCU